CAGCUACAAGAGUAGGGAGGAGCAUUUACUCAUGUCAACGUGCUGAAAUGAAACUUAGAUGAGUAGAUGCAGAUGUUGAGUUUUCAAAAUCUGGUUGUCAACUUUUCUUUGGACUUUUGCACCAAUCCUUUUAAAGAUUGCCGCAUUGAUUCACAGAUAUGGCAGCAGCUAGCAGUCUCCUGUCUGAGGAGCAGCUCAUGUGUUCUGUCUGCCUGGAAGUGUUUACUGAGCCAGUCACUACACCUUGCGGACACAACUUCUGCAAUGCAUGUAUCCAACAAUAUUGGGACAGCAAUGACAUUUGCCAGUGUCCAUUGUGUAAGAGGCUCUUUUCAACAAGAAUUGAACUUCAAGUCAAUACUUUUAUAUCUGAGCUAGCUGCUCGAUUUAAGAGAUUUAAGAGGUCAACCUCAGAGCCAUGUCUUCCUGGUGAAGCAGAUGUGUCUUGCGAUAUCUGCUCUGGGAUGAAGGUCAGUGCCAUUAAAUCUUGUUUGGUGUGUCUAACUUCCCUGUGUGAAGUGCACCUGGAGCCUCACCAGAGAGUCGCAGGCCUCAAGAGCCAUACCCUGAUAAACCCUGUGGGGAACCUCCGUGACAAGAUGUGCAGGAACCACCACAAGCUAACAGAACUGUACUGCAGGACUGACCAGACUUACCUUUGUGUUUUGUGCAUCAAAACCGAUCACAAGGGUCACAAUGUUGUAGCCCUUGAGGAAGAAUAUGAAGUAACGGUAGCAAAAAAAGAUGAGACAAUGGCAAAAGUAAAGAAGAUGAUGGAGUUACGGUCUGAGAGGAUCAGAGAGAUAGAAAGCUCAGUCGAUGCCAGCCAGAGAGAAGCUGACAAAGAGAUAGCAGCCAGUGUGGAAGUCUUCACUGACCUGAUCCGCUCCAUAGAGAAAAGCCAGGCUGAGCUUGUUGAAGUGAUUGAGGAGAGGCAUCAAGCAACAAAGCAAAAGGCUGAGGAUUUUAUAAAAGAACUGAGGAUGGAAAUCACUGAUCUUGAAAAGGGAAGCAACGAGUUGCAGCAGCUGUCACAAUCUGAUGACCACCACCUUUUUCUCCAGAGCUUCUCAACCAUCUGCUCUCUAUUAAAUAAGAACCGGAAGGACAUGGGUGUUGACAGCAAUCUGUCUGUCGGGACAGUGAGAGGAGCCCUGUCGGCACUGAAAGAGACAGUGGAUCGAGAAAUGGAGCAACUCCCUGAGAUCAAACUGAAAAGAAUAAAAGAACAUGCAGUGGAAGUGACUCUUGACCCUGACACAGCACAUUGCCAACUCAUCCUGAGCCAGGAUGGAAAACAAGUGACACAUGGAAACGUUACUCAGAAUCUUCCCAACAAUCCAAAGAGAUUCGAGUUUUGUGAGGUUUUAGCAAAGGAGGGGUUCACAACAGGGAAGUUUUACUUCGAGGUGCAGGUGAAGGGAAAGACUGAGUGGGUUGUCGGAGUGGCUAAAGAGUCUAUUGAUAGAAAGGGCAACACAAAACUAUCAGUUCAAAAUGGAUUUUGGACUAUUGGGCUGGAUGAGGGCACAUAUCGAACAAAUGGAAAAAUCACACUGAAGGGAAAGCUCCAAAAUGUGGGAGUCUUUGUGGAUUACAACAAAGGAAUUGUCUCUUUUUAUGAUGUGGAUUCUAAAUCACAUAUCUACUCUUUCACUGGUUGCUACUUUACAGAGAAGCUCUAUCCAUACUUCUGUCCUCAAGAAAAUCAAAAUGGAGCAAACUCUGCCCCCCUCGUCAUAACUCCUGUACAUCGCUGAGACUGAGUUUUGUUUUCCAUUGGUUCCUCCUCUUUUAAAGUCAUGGGAGAAAUUCCGUCUGUAUAUUACUACAUUUAGGAGUUUUCACUACUAACACCAAACUCAGAAAGUGUUAAUGGCAAUUGUAACUGCCUUUACAGGAGGUAAAAUGUUUUAGUUGCCUUUAACUCCAGUCCACUGGAUAUUUCAAAGUGGUAUGAUGUUGCGUCUUUACAGGUAUGCCAUUUGGUAGCAUUUCUCCAUGCUUACUUAAACUAAAUAAAUUUAUCAGAAUUUC